AUGCUCGUUGACGAUUGUGGUGCGAAUGUGAACCAGGUUGGAGGAGUGUACGGUACUGCAUUGCAGAUCGCUGCGGAAGCAGAGUUCGAGAGUACGUUGAACUUGCUAUUGAGCAAAGGCGCCGAUCCGAAUGGGGUUGCAGGGUACCAUGGGACAGCUUUGCAAGCAGCUGCUUGGAGAGGAUGGUAUGAGGGUAUAGAGAUACUGCUUGCCUAUGGAGCCGAGAUCGGCAUUCAAGGUGGCGCUCGCGGGAAUGCAAUUAGAGCUGCUGAGGAGGUAUUUGAUCCUGAGGUCGCGACUAUGUUGAGCAGGAUAUUGGCCCGCCGGCAGGCGCGAUUGUAG